AUGGCUGCCGUAAUUCCGGAAAUUAAAAAUUCUUGCGAAAAACCUGAGCUUAUUUUCAAAAUUGAUGGUUUCAGUUCCGAUGUAAACAGCGUCUUGUUCUUACCCGGGAAAGAGUGCAUUAUUACCGGCACUGAUGACAGGUCCUUACGAGUGUGGAUGAAGAGAGAUUCUAGCAGAUUCUGGCCUUCUGCUAUGGAGAUCUUACCAAGUGAUGUUGAAACGAGUUGCAUUUUCGCCGGUUUGGAUAAUGGGACGGUGAUGGAAUUUGUUCUAGCAGAAGACCUUAAUCAUAUGAAACACAAAAGAGAUUAUCUUCCACACACUGCUAAGGUUACCGGAGUGAUUCACGUGUUUGACAGAAAGUGGCUAUUGUCAGUGUCUAAAGACCAAACGGUUGCUUGUUACUCCACUGAAACCGGGAAAUGCCUCGCGGGUCAUCAGCUUGAGGCUCCGGGAACCUGUUUACAGUAUGACAAUGGUUCUCGUUACAUUUUUGUCGGAGAUACCAGUGGUGGCAUCACAUUAUUGGGUUUAAAUGAGUCCAGCGGUCAGGUUGAAUGUCGGACUAUCCGUGAACUUCGUGCUCAAGAGCAGACGAUUACGUCCCUCUCUUGGGAUCGCGUAAACUCCCGGUUGUUCUCCAGUAGCGCCGAUCGUACAGUGAUCCUUUGGGAUAUUGGUGGUGCGAAGGGUUUGGCAUUCAAGCUACAGGGUCAUUCAAAGGACGUUUCCGCGGUUCUUUGGUGGGCGGACGGCAAUUCCAGAAAUACGGGCGACUUAUCUAUGAAUGCGGGACUUGCUAUAUCUGGCGGACUCGAUGGCUUACUUGUUUUCUGGCGCAUGGAUCCAUCACGCACAGGGUCGCCACCUUGGUGCAACAGCGAUGUUUGUCAGAUUUGCGGAACCCCCUUCUUCUGGAAUGUGAAAAAAAUGUGGAACGUCAUGGCGGUGGGCGUCAGACAGCAUCAUUGUCGUCGGUGUGGCAAAGCUGUCUGCGAUAAGUGCUCUCCAUUCCGAUCUUCUUUGCCGACGAUGGGAUUCGAAAGGGACGUACGAAUGUGCAACGUCUGCUCCGGCCUAAUUACUGAUGCAGA